CCUCGAUCAGUUUCAGUCGCUUGCCGAACUCCAGCGACACAUACGUGACGUUCACGCCCCGCCACCGCCAGAUCUAGCAUCGACCGAGUGGGAUGGACCUGGCAACCCGUGCUAGGAGCCAAGGCGCAGAAGAACGAGCGAGCGCGCUGAGGUCCCGCAGCGGAGACCGAGGCAGAGGCGCACGGCGAGGACCUCGGGGUCCCCCGCCCCGCGCCCCAGCGGGGGGAGGCUCACCGCCAGCGGUCCGACCUCAAGGGGUGGCAGUCGUCGCUGGUGGGGGAGGUCAGCAGGGCGGACGGCAGCAGCAGCAACCACCGCGGCACGGGCACCAGGGCGUGGCCAACGCGCUGAGCCAGCUCUUCCAGAACGCCGACCUGACGUACGGGCUGCAGCGAGGCGACGUGAUGGGCCUGGGCGACGAGGCGUUCCCACUCGAGCUGAUCCAGGCCAUCUUCCCCGUGAUGGUGCGCGCGACGCUGAAGAACAUACAGGGUCUCUCGGCCCUGGAAGCAGCGAUCUACCACAUCAUCCACUUGGAUCGGGAUCACGACGUCUGCAAGGCCAUGAGGAUCACAGCCAAGUUCUACGUAGACGAGGCCAAUCGCAUUCGCCGCGAGCACGCUCAAGAGAUCCGAGACCAGCAGCCAGUGGAGGACUUGGAGAAGCUGGGCGUGCCGCACCCCCACCUGUGGUUGGCGCUAGUGGGCGGAGUGGUGCAGCAGGGAGAACGCGUAGGAGCCGCCAAUCAUCUCGCCCUGAAGCAGUACCUCGACAACAUCAAAGCAGAUGGAACCAUCACGAACGACAGCCUGUGCAUGCAGAUCCGACACUGCAGGAUAUCGUACACUCACGAUCGCAAGCUGAUGAAGAUACAUCUCGAGGCGCAGGGAUCAGGCGUGCAGACACAGUUGCUCGACUCCUUGAAGCAGCUCGGGGGAAAGCUAACGAAGGGCACGCCACCUCGCACGCACCAAGAGCGCUUGAUGCAGCUUUUCCUAGACAACGCAGAGACGAUCUAGAUGUUGCUCAGAGGCCAUCGACUACUCCGCAGAGUGGCAGAUCAGAGACGCAGGUAGCUACUGGUAGAGGGACGCCGACCUUGACUACUCCUCUGAGUGGCAGCACCACAUCGCAGAUAGCUACUGGCAGAGGAGCUGCGACUUUGACGGCACCUCCCAGUGGCAGCACAGCAUCGCAGAUGGCUGCUCCCUCCCUGUUUGCACCUCCCUCUGCUGCGAGUUCGAUAGGCCGGGGAGGAGGAGAGAGGGCGCCAGUCUUACAGUCGAAUUCUCAGGUAGUAGUUCCGCCACAGGCGGCGGGAACCCUUCCUCUCCCCCCUCGUCUUCCUCCUCGCUCGAGCCUCGGG